GGAGGAGGAGGAGGCGGAACGGGAGGCGGGGGCGGAGGCGGAGGCGGAGAGCUGUGGCGCGCACGCACCCCACCCACGCGGCCCGCACCCUCCUCGCAACCGCCGCUUCAGCUUGCAAUUCGGAAGCCAUGUUCACACGCGUCUUCCGAGCUGGCAGGGUCAACGACGAGCAACCACUGGCGAUCGCAUCGUGCCCCGUCGGGCCAAGGCUACGUGGCGCCUCCACCUAUCAUCGGACACCCCGUCGAGCCGCGACCAGCAGGAACAGGCGCCAACGUCGCCCUGCAGGGCCGCGAUCCUCUGCAAAAUGACGGGCACUGAACCUACCCGCCCGCGGCUAACGGUGGGCGCCACUGGGGUCUACUGAGCCUCCAGGGCCAACGCGGUCCACCAGGCGCGAUUCCUGCAUUAACUGUUAAAAAGUGCCGGGGGCGAGCGCGAUUUCACAAUAAUAAAUGAUGGAA